GAAGUUCCUACUUCGUUGGCUAUCAACUGUUUCAAACCGAAGAAGUAUCAAAAUGGCUGGGAUCGAGUUGCUCUCGGACCAGGGAUAUCGACUGGAUGGAAGGAAAGCUACCGAGCUUCGCAAAGUACAAGCCCAAAUGGGCGUCUUCGGUCAGGCAGAUGGGUCUGCUUAUUUAGAGCAAGGAAACACUAAAGUACUGGCUGUCGUGUAUGGCCCUCACGAGGUACGAGGUGGUCGAACCAAGAUCCAGCAUGACCGGGCGGUCAUUAACUGCCAGUAUAGUAUGGCCACCUUCAGCACAGCAGAGAGAAAGAGACGGCCACACGGAGAUCGCAAGUCCAGUGAGAUGAGCCUUCAUCUGAAACAGACUUUUGAGGCUGCCGUGCUCACCCAACUGUAUCCCCGCUCCCAGAUUGACAUCUACGUCAAGAUCUUACAGUCAGACGGAGGGAACUACAGUGCCUGUGUGAAUGCUGCAACCCUGGCAGUCAUCGAUGCAGGCAUCCCCAUGCGCGACUACGUCUGUGCCUGCACAGCUGGAUUUGUCGACGACACGCCACUGGCUGACUUGUGCCACGCCGAAGAAAGUGGAGGGGGCACGUCCCUGGCCGUGGCGUUUCUACCGCGGGGUGGGCAGAUUGCUCUGCUGCAGAUGGACGCUCGGCUCCACCAGGACCACCUGGACACGCUGAUGGAGGCAGCCAUGACCGCUUGCAAAGGGGUUAGCAAAGUGCUGGAUGAGGUGGUGAGGCAGCACCUGCAAGAAACCUCUGUCCUGACUGGUGAGUGAGGAGGACUAUGAUGAAGACUGGAAGUGGACUUGAAUGGACUUGACAGUGGAAGAAUUCUUUAUUUGCUGGUUUUUACGUUCUACAAAAUUUUUUUUUUUUUCUUGUGUUUUGCAGUUGUGUUGUAACUGAUUUAAUAAAUCAU